AGGGGGAGGGCGCGCGCGCCAGCGAGAGGAGCAGGGAGAGUCAGAGAGCGAGCUCUCGCAGCGCGGUCGGCUGGCUCCUCUUGCACCCCACACAGCCGGAGCAACAUGAUCACGUGCUGUGCGGCGUGCGACAAGCCAAUCCUGGACAAGUUUCUGAUGAAUGUUCUGGAGAGGACAUGGCAUGCCGAGUGUGUGCGGUGUUUUGACUGUCACAUCAACCUCACGGACAAGUGCUUCAGCCGCGAGGGCAAGCUCUUCUGCCGGGAUGACUUCUUCAGGAGGUACGGCACCAAGUGUUCCGGCUGCGGCCACGGCAUCUCGCCGCAGGACCUGGUGCGGAAGGCGCGAGACAAGGUGUUCCACCUCAAGUGUUUCACCUGUCUGGUCUGCCGCAAGCAGCUGUCCACCGGUGAGGAGCUCUACGUGCUCGACGAGAACAGGUUCAUCUGUAAAGAAGAUUAUAUUAGCGGCAAGAGCUUGCCAGACGCUGUGAUCCACGGGGAAGAGGAGGAGGAGGAAGAGGACUUCUCGGCCUCAGCCGACGUCAUCAGUGCCACGUCGCUGCCGCCGCUGGAGCUGGAGAGCCCGCCCGUGAAGCUGGAGGCCAACAACAACCUGAUGACGCCGUCGGCGCCUCCCGCCGGAGACGCGCUCAGUGAGAAGGCGGCGUCGGUGGGGCACGCCGACAGUGUGGUGGACUCGGACAAGCACGAGUCGGACCCGGGCUCGGACGCCGAAGUCGACCCGAGCCGGGACUCGCAGGCCGAGAACAAGAGCCCCGACGACGACAAGGUGGGCGGCAACAAGCGCCGCGGCCCGCGCACCACCAUCAAGGCCAAGCAGCUGGAGGUGCUGAAGGCCGCCUUCAACGCCACGCCCAAGCCCACCCGGCACAUCCGCGAGCAGCUGGCCAAGGAGACCGGCCUGCCCAUGCGGGUCAUUCAGGUGUGGUUCCAGAACAAACGCAGCAAGGAGAGGCGCAUGAAACAGCUCUCGUCGAUGGGCAUGCGCGCUCACAUGUUCGGCAACCCGCGGAAGCUGCGCGGUAUGCGCAUGUCGCCCAGCAUGGACGACUUCCCGUUCUACGCCGACGGCCAGUUCUACGGACACCAGCCAUUCAACGAGUUCUUUCCGGCUGGACCGAACCCUGCCAUGGGUUUCCCUACCGGAGGUCCCGGAGUGCCCGUCUCCAUGGAGCAGCCCCUGCCGCCCGGCGGGCCCAUGGGUGACUUCGGCGGCAUGAACGGCAUGCCGAUGGACCACCCGUUCAUGCCGCACAGUGACCUGAUGUCGCAGCGCUCCAGUCCCGACAGCGUCAACAACCUGGUGAACGGGAUGCCCCCCAGCGGCCCGCCGCAAGGUCCGGGCAACUUCACCGACCACCCGUCCAACGAGGGUCUGGUCUGGUGACCCGUGCGCGAGUGACCUGAGCUCCUGCGGCCCGAGCUCGCCGCCCGGCGCGGC